AUGAAAGAUAACAUCAAGAAAAAUCUUAUUAUUAAAUUUAUUACAUUCAUUUUUUUUAUUUGGAUAUAUCAGAAAUAUGAUGAUGAGUUUUCAUUUAACAAGGGAUUGGAAAAUAUCUGUAAUAGUAAGGAUUCCAUAUAUAUAGAAGCAUAUAGGUUAUUGGCAAAACAGGAUUUAAAAAUGGGGUUAUAUGACAAGAACUUAGAGGAUAAUUUAUUAAAACAUAGUGAUAAUGGAAUAUUAAAAUUUGAUAAUUAUGGUUCGUCCGUAUAUGACAAAUUACAAAAAAGUUGUUCAAAUGGUCUGAAAAUUUAUAAAAAACAAUUUAAGCAUAAAUAUUCUAGAAAGAAAGGUUUAAAAAGACUAGAUUGUUAUUGUGAAAAAAAAAUAUUUGAUAUGAUUGACAUACUAGGUGAACAGCCAGUUGGGACUAGUGGUAAUAACAUAAAACUAAAAAAAAAUAUAGUAAGAAAAUUGGGUAUACGAGCUAUUUUAAUGUGUUUAGUUCCAUUGAUUGGGAUUAUAUUACCAAUUUUAGAUGAAAUAAAAGGAUCAUCGAGUAAUACUAUAUUGUUGGAUUCUGGAAUACCAAAAUCCGUGUAUAUCAUAUAUGGUAUUCUUUUUAUAAUAUUAACAUAUAUAAUUUUAUUUUCGAUUAUUUACACUAUGAAAAAAGUUGUAAAAUAUCACAGAUUAGAAGCUGGAAGAGGUAAAUUGAAUUUUAGCGAAUAUUGUCAUUUUUGUAAAGAUAUAUUUUUUGCCUAA